AUGUCGGAAGUCAAUGUUGAUAACCCAUACGAUGAUAUCCCACCUGAUCCACAUGCUGCUGAGUCAGAGCUAACUGAAGAGGAUCUAUACCGCAUGAAAAAUUUGGACAGAGGAGCAGCUUCGACUGACAAUGCAGAACAAUCUAUCAUAUCAAUCGCUGAUUCCGCUAGCAAUUUCGAGGACCGUCUUGGAGAAGAGUUCGAUGAUGUUGAUAACAUUGAUGACGAAGAGCAACAGUUAGGUGAAGAUGAAAAAAUCGAAUCAGUGGUGUCCGGAAACUAUCUCUUUGGAAAGAAUCGUCGGAAUAGCCAUUUGCUUAAUAAAGAAACAGUUACCAUUCUUCAUUACCCGGAUAAUGUUUUAUAUCCUCAAUGCCCACCAGAUGAAAACCCUGAGGAAUGGGAAAAGCUUUUCCACGAAACUACUCUUUAUCUUAUUGGAACUGCUCAUUUCAGCAAAGAGUCCCAAGAUGAUGUGAUGAGAACAAUUGGACGGACACAACCUGAUGUCGUUAUGGUGGAGUUAUGCCCAGGAAGAGUAUCUAUUCUUUCAAUGGAUGAAGCUACACUUCUCAGGGAAGCAAAAGAGUUGAACAUGGAAAAGAUAAUGACCACCAUUAAACAAAGCGGGGCAGUGCAAGGUGUUUUACAUGUACUCCUGCUUUCUAUGUCUGCGCAUAUCACACGUCAGUUAUCCAUGGCUCCGGGUGGGGAGUUCAGAGCUGCUCAUCGAGCUGUACAGAACAUUAAACUAUGCCGAUUGAUUCUGGGUGAUCGUCCCAUACAAAUCACUCUACAGAGAGCUUUGGGAUCUUUGACAUUCUGGCAGAGACUCAAGUUUUUCUGGCAUGUUUUAAUGUCUCACAGAACAGAAAUUACUCCUGAAGAAGUUGAGAAUUGUAAAAAGCGCGAUUUGCUUGAGGAACUUCUAGCUGAAAUGGCUGGUGAUUUUCCCAGUUUAUCGAAGAUUUUUGUCGAGGAAAGAGAUGAUUUCAUGAAGCUUGUUUUGCACAAGCUAAUGAUGAGUCACACUGUUGAAAAACGUGCUGCUUGGAGAAAACUUCAAAAUGUUCCAUGGGAACCUGUCAAUAUUGUAGCCGUAGUGGGUAUUGGCCAUACUCUAGGUAUCACGACUCGUUGGGAUACUCUGGUUGAUGGAGAACCACUGAUGACUAUCCCUCCUCCUUCUGUAACUGGAAAAGUAGUCAAAUUCACAGUCAAGUACGCAUUUUACGGAGCAGUAGGUUACCUAUUGUUCCGAGGUGUCACCAGGGCAAUCAGAAGAUUCAAUUAA